GAGGGUGUUGCAGAGCCGCCGCCGCCGCGCCGGGAGGAGGGGGCUGAGGUGGCUUCUGAGUUGGCCGGAGGAGGUGGGCAUUUCUCGGUUCCCCUCUCCGUUCCCCUCCUCUCCCGCCUGCCCCGCACCCCACGUGAAGCAGAAUAAAGGGGGGGGGGGUGUGAGAGUAGAGGGGAGAGUGAAUGGCGAAGGACUGAAGGGGGCUCCCUUCGGGACCCCGGCCGCCCUGUUCACCCUCGUUCAUCCUCCCUUCCCGAAGCUCGCCCUCGAAGGCAGUAGCGACCGGCCCCGGUGCCUUCGGCUGAGGAGGAGGAGGAAUCGCGCCCGGCAGAGCGUCAGUCCCGUUUUCCUCUCCGGCUCUUCAGUACAAAGAUUACGGUGCAGAAGGAAAUUGCACUCGGCUCCUCCGCCCCCCGGUACCCGACACAAUGCACCAGCCGCCUGAGUCGGCCGCCGCCGCUGCAGACAUUAGUGCGAGGAAGAUGGCGCACCCGGCUGUGUUCCCUCGGAGGGGCAGCGGCAGUGGCAGCGCCUCUGCUCUCAGCGCAGCAGGUACCGGCGUGGGGAGUAAUGCCACAUCUUCGGAGGAUUUUCCGCCUCCGUCGCUACUCCAGCCGCCGCCUCCUGCAGCAUCUUCCACGUCGGGACCACAGCCUCCGCCUCCGCCUCCACAAAGCCUCAACCUCCUUUCCCAGACGCAGCUGCAGGCACAGCCUCUUGCGCCAGGAGGAACGCAAAUGAAAAAGAAGAGUGGCUUCCAGAUAACUAGCGUUACUCCGGCUCAGAUCUCCGCCAGUAUCAGCUCCAACAACAGCAUAGCAGAGGACACGGAGAGUUACGAUGAUCUGGAUGAAUCGCACACGGAAGAUUUGUCUUCUUCCGAGAUCCUUGAUGUGUCACUUUCCAGGGCUACUGACUUAGGGGAACCAGAACGUAGCUCCUCAGAAGAGACUCUAAAUAACUUCCAGGAAGCGGAGACACCUGGGGCAGUCUCUCCCAACCAGCCUCACCUUCCUCAGCCUCUUUUGCCACAUCUUCCACAACAGAAUGUUGUGAUCAAUGGGAAUGCCCAUCCACACCACCUCCAUCACCACCACCACAUUCAUCAUGGACACCACCUCCACCAUGGGCACCACCAUCCAGCCCAUGCUGGUGUAGCCAGUGCAUCCAUUCCUGCAGGGCCACCCUCAAGCCCAGUAUCCAGAAAACUCUGCACAACUGGGAGCUCUGAGAGUGUAAUACCAGCUGCACCAACUUCUGCUAUAUCAUCCGGUGGCUCACCUGCAACUGUAAUGACUACUAUCCGCACUCCCAGCACUCCUGGCAGUAUAGGUAUAAGUUCUGUGACCGGCACUGGUACAGUGAAUAACGUUAACAUUUCUGCUGUGGGUAGUAUUACUCCUAAUGUGACAGGCAGCAUGCUUGGUAAUGCUAAUGUGAAUACAAGCAGUAUCCCUAGUGCUGCUAGUGUGAGUGUUGGACCUGGAGCUAGCAGGGGUGUUAAUGUGAAUAUCUUGAGUGGCAUGGGCAAUGGUACUGUUUCUUCCUCUGCUAUUGUUAACAGUGUCCCUAAUGCAGCCACAGGGAUGACUGUGGGAUCGGUUUUAAGUCAGCAGCAACAACCAGCAGUUAACACAUCAAGGUUCAGAGUUGUGAAGUUAGAUACCAGUUCUGAACCUUUUAAGAAAGGUAGAUGGACUUGCACUGAGUUCUAUGAAAAAGAAAGUGCUGUACCUGCUACAGAAGGUGUGAUAAAUAAAGUGGUGGAGACUGUAAAACAAAACCCCAUGGAAGUGACUUCUGAGAGGGAGAGCACUAGUGGGAGUUCAGUGAGCAGUAGCGUCAGCACACUGAGUCACUACACAGAGAGUGUGGGAAGUGGAGAGAUGGGAACCCCGACUAUGGUGGCGCAGCAGCAGCAACCAGCUCUUCAAGGUGUGGCCCCUCAACAAAUGGAUUUCGGUAGCACUGGUCCGCAGAGUAUUCCAGCAGCUAGUAUACCGCAGAGCGUUUCCCAGUCACAGAUGCAGUCUCAGGAACUGAGCUAUCAGCAAAAGCAAGGUCUUCAACCGGUACCUCUGCAAGCCACUAUCAGUGCUGCAACUGGUAUCCAGCCAUCGCCUGUGAAUGUGGUUGGUGUGACUUCAGCUUUAGGUCAGCAGCCUUCCAUGUCCAGUUUGGCUCAGCCCCACCUGCCGUAUUCUCAGAGCACUCCUCCAGUGCAAACUCCCCUUCCGGGGGCACCACCUCAACAGUUACAAUAUGGACAACAGCAACCGGCUGUUUCUGCACACAUGGCCCCAGGCCAUGGGAAAUCAGUGACUCAGAAUCCUCCUUCAGAGUAUAUACAUGUACAGCAGCAGCCGAUUCUUCAGACGGCAGUGUCCUCCGGACAGUCCGCUUCUGCAGCAGUGGGAGCAGGAGCAGCAGUGAUUCCUGUGGCUCAGCCGCAGGGUAUCCAGCUGCCAGUGCAGUCCACUCUAGUCCAAGCACAGCCUGCAGGGCCAUCUGCCCAGCCCACUGGCCAGGCUCAGACAGCAGUGGCUGCUGUACCUACUAGUGGUCAGAUUGCAAAUAUUGGUCAGCAGGCGAAUGUACCUACUGCAGUGCAGAAGCCCUCUACUCAAGUCACACCUUCAGUUAUUCAGCAAGGUGCUCCUCCGUCUUCACAAGUAGUUCCACCUGCUCAAACUGGGAUUCUUCAUCAGGGAGUUCAAGCUAGUGCUUCAAGCCUUCCUCAACAAUUGGUUAUUGCACCCCAAAGUACCUUGUUAACUGUGCCUCCCCAGCCACAAGGAGUAGAAUCGGUAGCUCAAGGAGUUGUUCCACAGCAAUUGCCCGCAGUUAGUCCUUUGCCCUCUGCUAGUAGUAUUUCUGUUACGAAUCAGGUUAGCUCAACUGUUCCUUCCGCAAUGUCUUCUGCCCCAGCAAGCUUGGUUCCACCGCAGAAUAUAGCACAAACCCCUGUCACCCAAAAUGGUAAUUUGGUUCAGAGUGUUAGUCAACCUCCCUUGAUAGCAACUAAUAUAAAUUUGCCCUUGGCACAACAAAUACCACCGAGUUCUGCUCAGUUCUCUGCACAAUCAUUAGCUCAGGCAAUUGGAAGCCAAAUUGAAGAUGCCAGGCGCCCAGUGGAACCCUCCUUAGUUGGCUUACCUCAGACUAUCAGUGGUGACAGUGGGGGAAUGUCAGCAGUUUCAGAUGGGAGUAGCAGCAGCCUAGCAGCCUCUGCUUCUCUUUUCCCGUUGAAGGUGCUACCGCUGACGACACCCCUGGUGGAUGGCGAGGAUGAGAGGCUGUUGGUGAGAAGAAAGUGGGUAAAGUCUUCACAGUGCUGUGCCUGGAAUGCAGUAGACAUUCAGGUGUUAAAUGAAUUAAUAUGUUUUUGAGUAUUACAUGGAAAUUGUCUUUUAAAGCAGUUUAAAAGAUAAUUUUAAAGGGAAAGCAUUUUACUUUUCUAAUAAUUUAAAUUCUGUCUUUGUAACACUGGCUUUAGAAUUGUAAAACAAGUAGAUUUUAUUUUUUGUUUAGACAGUUUAAUCUAAACAUGUGAAACUCUGCAAAGCAUGACCUGUUCUGGUGCUGCAGAGUUGGAACCAUGCAGCAAUAGUACAGAACCACGGUGGUGGUGAUUUGCCACAUCACUUGUUAAGGUUGAGUAUGUCAUGGUGAGAAUGUGCUUCAACAGUUCGUUAAAAGAAAUCUACGUGAAGGGAAAAAAAUUUAAAGCAUGUUUAUACCAUUUCAAAGAAUCAUUUAUCAUGAGUUUUAGAUUAUAGGUGGAUUUUUUGUUUGUUUGUUUAGUCUCAUAUAUACUCAAAUGCCUUUUCCCUCACCAUUUCUCCCUUACCAAUCAGUUUAACCAGGAUAUCGUACUUGACCUUUCAGCGUCAUUAGACCUGAUUGACCUGUGUUUUCCCUCCUUCUUGAAACUCUCCCUCUCUUUUUGUUCUUAUGUGAUGUCCUUCUUGGUUUUCUUCCCACUUUUCAGGCUACUCCUUUUCAUUGUCCCUUUCAGAUUCCUCUUUCAGACUUUCCUUUCAAUGUUGUAGUUUCUUUGGAUUUCUGAACCACUUUACCACUCACUACCCUUUACCUAGGUAAUCAUCUAUUCCCAUGGCUGUAAAUACAGCCUAGGUGCUAACAACUCCUGAGUGCGUAUCACUAGCCAGACUUUUCUUCUUAGACUUGAUAGAGUCACUUGCCUACAUAACAUCUCUGCUUGGAUUCUCAUAGACCUCUUAAUCUCAACAGGUCAUAAACUUAACUCUUGACUACCCAGCGGCUCUAAUUUUCUUUUUCUGUUGCCCUCAUGUUAACGAAUGCCAUUUCUUACUGUAGUUCUUUAUUCUAGAAACCUGAGAGUCAUUCUUAAUAACUCCCUUUCCCUCACCCUCUGCAUCCUGACCAUUACCCUAAAAAAUAUAUCUUGAAUUUAUUUGUUUUCUCCAUCUCUACUGCCACAACUCUAGUCUAGCAUAACAUUAAAACUGGUUGCUAUGGAGUCGAUUGCAACUCCUGGCAACACCUUUUGUGGCAGAGUAGGACUGUGUUCCAUAGCUUUUUCAGUAGCUGAUUUUUUGGAAAUAGAUCGCCAGGCCUUUCUUGUGAAGUGCUUCUGGGUGGAUUUGAACCGUCAGCCUUUCAGUUAGCAGCCAAGCACAUUACCUCUUUGCACCACCCAGGGGUUAACUUAACAUUGCAGCCAAGUCCAAUUCAUAGUGACCCUCUAGGACAGAGUAGGAACUGCCCCACAGGGUUUCCAAGGCUGUAAUCUUUAUGAAAGCAGACUGCCACAUCUUUCUCCUGUGGAGUGGCUGGUGGGUUCAAACUACCGACCUUGCAGUUAGCAUUAGAUCUCCCUUAAAGUUCCCCAGUAGCUUCCUCCUGCACACACACUAGCUUUUCUCUAAUAUUGCAUCUUGUAGUCAGGGUGACAUUCUUAAAAUGUAAACCUGUUCAGGAUACUCACUUGCCCAAAAUUCGUUAAAGUCUUUCUGUUCCUUUUAAGAUAAUUACUUCUUGCCUUUCCUUAUUUCUGGCCUCAUAUCCUGCCAUUUUUUCCCCUGCUUCCUGCAGUCCAGCUGCACUUGGCCUUCUUUCAAUUCUUCAAUUUUUCAUCUGUUCUUCUUCCUUUUGGGCCUUUGCACAUGCGUGUUCCUUUGCCCCAGUAUCCCACAUGCUACCUCCCCGCCUAUUCAUCCUUAAAGCUUAGCUGUCACUUUUUGAGAGACCUUCUCUGACAUACUAUUGUAAGCUGAGGUUCUCUGUUACACUGUUUCAUAGCACCUUGUGCUUUUCUUUCAUGAUGCUCAUUACAGCUUGAAAUUAAUUUUAUUUUUUUGGUGAUUAUCUUUUUGAUAAUUUGAAGCUUCCUGAACAGGGAUGUUUGGUUUGCUGCUAUAUAUCCAAAGCCUAUCUCAGUGCCUGACACAUAGUAGAUACUCAAUAAAAAUCUGCUUAAUGAAUAAAUGAAGAAAAAAUGUUUUUGAUAUUGGUGUAAGGUUUAAUAUUGGCAUAGUGUUUACCUUGCUAAACAUAUUUCAAAGUCCGUUUUUAUUGAUUAUCAUGGGAUAUCACUGUUAAUUCUUUGAGAAGCUUGAGAAUUAAUUGAUUUACUUUUUGCUGUGUUUCUGAGCCAGAAAAACAGUGCUUACUUGCUGCAUUUAUAAAUAUUUCGUGUUGUAUAUUUGUUUAUUUUGUAUUAUGUUUAGGCCAAUAAAAAUUCUAUUUGAAAAUAAAUUUUUUAAAAAUUCCCCAUGUAUUUCAAAAUUAGAAUACCAGAAUUCUUUUUUUUUCUUCUGUUUUAUCUACUUUUGACUGGUUUGGCUAUUUAGCACAUUAUGUUUCUUAAAUAAGUAUUACCUUGGAAUUCCUUUGGUGCACUUUCAGCUGUUGCACAUAUAAACAUAUAAAGCCACUUAUUUGUGAUUAAAGAGUUUUUUUUUUUUUCUUAAAUAGGAAGUACUAAGUUAACUGCUUGUUUAAAAUUCCUACCUGUGGUAUCUCUUAUUUGUGGUAAUUAUAGUUACUUGUUACAAAACCAGUAAAUUAUGGGUUAUACAAAGGGAGAACUGUGAAAAAGGUUUGGCGGUGGCCAGAAUUAGCAAUACAUUUUAUAUCAAUUAUCUGUAGGUAUUAAAUAGGAGUAAAAAAUAUUAAGAGAUGAGAUCUUCACUUUUAAGGUUGGCGCAGUUAAAAACAAGGGGAAACAUAAAAUCUGAUAUUGCAGUGCAGUGACCGUCAGAGGCCAGUUUUAAGAGUCUCUUAACUACAGGAGGGUUUCAUAUCCCAUUUGUGGACAUAACAUACUAGUGUUAAACCUGCCUUAAAACCAUUAUGUUUCUGUUGAUUGGGGAAUAAAGUUACUGUGAUUUGAUUUCAUUAAGGAUUAAAUUUAGAUAAGGAAUGGUAUUGCCCUUCCUUAUCCCAGAGCCUUUACAGCAAAGGUUUACUCUGAGUUUUCUGUGGAUAAGAUAGAUGAGAUCGCAUCAUAUUUUUCCACGCCUCCGGGAUUAUUUUUAUAGCAUCAGCUCUCAACUUAGGUUUAGGAACUCCUGAUACCCUAUAUACAUGUCUUUUUUGAGUGAAUUAUAGCUGGUUUGAUGUAUAAAAUUGCUCAUUGUCGAGUGAGACUUCAUUCUCUUCUGGCUCAUCUAUCUAAUUUCCUUGGUUAUUAGGCUUCCUUAGUGUGUACAGGGAGACCUGGUGGUACAAUGGUUAAAACACUCAGCUGCUGACGGAAAGGUAGGCGGUUCAAACUCAGAAGCAGUUCUGGGAGAAAGAUGUGGCAGUCUGCUUCCAUAAAGAUUUACAGCCUUGGAAACCCUAUGGGGCAGUUAUGCUCAGUCCUAUAGAGUCACUGUGAGUCGGAAUUGACUUGACUGUGGUGGGUUUGGUUUGAUUUUGGUUAAUGUGUGCUAUUAUUAACCUGGUAACAAAUAGCAUAUUGAGUAGUUAGGGAUACUUUGAAGACAUAAACAUAUGCAAUUAAUAUAUAUGUAGGGAAACCCUGGUGGCGUAGUGGUUAGAUGCUCCGGCUGCUAACCAAAGGGUCAGCAGUUCGAAUCCGCCAGGCGCUCCUUGGAAACUAUGGGGCAGUUCUACUCUGUCCUGUAGAGUUGGUAUGAGUUGGAAUUGACCCGAUGGCACUGGGUUUGGUUUGGGUUUUAUAUAUAUAUAUAAACCUAAAACCAUAUAUUAAAAAAAAACAAACCCAAAAAACCAUAUAUAGCAUUAAAUUUUCCCUAUUAGUACAACUGGAAACCCUGGUGGUAUAGUGGUUAAGUGCUAUGGCUGGUAACCAAAAGGUCGGCAGUUUGAAUCUACCAGGCACUCCUUGGAAACUCAACGGGGCAGUUCUACUCUGUCCUGUAGGGUAGCUAUGAGUCAGAAUCGACUCGAAGACAAUGGGUUUUGGUUUAUUAAUACAGCUAUGAUAUUAAUUUCUAGCGGUAACUGUAAUAAAACUUUGCCUGCUGUAUGAUUUUGGAUUGUUUGUAACAAAGCAUUUUGAAAUAGAUUAUGUCCUCUUGAGCCUCAGCAUGGUUAAAGUUGAUAGUAGUUAAAAAAUUUUAGUACUAAUUAUGUGCCAGAUUGUUCUAAGCACUUUACAUGUAUCAACACUAUUUAAUUCUCCAAACAGCCUUACAAGGUGUAAGUACCAUUAUUAUCCCUGUUUUACAAGUUAGGAAACUGAGGCAUAGAGAGAUAACUUAUUCAAGGCCACAUAGCUAGCAAGGGAGUGCUGAGAUUCAGGUCUCGCAGUGUGGCUCCAGUGCGUAUGCUCAUAGAUGCUUUGCUCUGUUGCCUCUACAGCAAUAUCAGAAGCCAGGUGUUCUGACUCUUGUUUCUCAAGUCAAUUUAAAUACAUUGAAAGGCACUGGGAACUGCAAAUAUAACUCAUCAUGUCCUCAAAACAUCCCUGUUUUGAUCUUGGAAGUUUGGGCAGGGAUGCUACUCUUGUUCCUUUACUCCAGAAUAGAAGUUCGAUGAGAGCAGGGAUCUUACCCAUCUAGUUUACGGCAGUAUUCCCAGUGCAUGGAGUAGUGCUUUGCUCAUAGUGAGUUCUGAAAUACUUGGUGAGUAAAUGAAUUCAGACACAAAGAUCCAGGAUGAGUUGUUAUCACCACCGAACACUUUGCUAUCCUGUUACCAUUAAGUGCACAGUCUUUGAUAGACAGGACUAGGAUUCAGUUCUUCCCAGAUAUGUUACUGUAUGUGUUAUUUUAAAUUAUCUCUCUUCCCCCUGCUCUGCAUAUCAAGUGGGUACAUUUAUUAAGUCUGAAAAAAACCAAACCAAACCUGUUGCUGUCAUCUGACUUAUGGCAGCCCCCUGUAUACUAAGUGUAAAUCAUUGUAUCUCGUAAUGGUGUAAGCAAAGGUGUGAUCAAACAUGGUUCUUGUCCUCAAGGAGUGUAUAACACAUAUUAAAAAACCCAUCGCCUUUGAGUUGAUUCCAACAUAGCGUCUCUAUAGGAUUUACAUGGGGAAAUUAUAUGGCAUUGUAAGAGCUAAGUAACAGUUUUAAGCAACAUGAAAUAUGAAAUUAGAGAAUCAAAAAUUAAGAGCAGGAAAUCUUGAGAUUUUGUUCAACUCUGGGUUUAUAGAUGAAGGAACAAGUUCAAAGAUGUUAAGUGAAAUCUCUGAGAUAGUGCUACAAAAUAUUUCUUAGACUAUAACUGGAACUCAAAAUUAUAUAGAAAAUUGCAUUCAGAGUUAAUAGAAGGGAUAGAAUUGACCUUUGGUAGGUUAGAAAAGCAGAGUCCCUGGGGGGUGUAAAUGCUUAAUGCAAUUAGCUGCUAACCUAAAGAUUGGCGUUUCAGAUCCUCGGAAGAAAGGCCUGAAGAUCUACUUCAGAAAAAUAAGCCAUUGAAAACCCUGUGUAACACAGUUCUAUUUGAACUGACUUUCUAAAGUUUUGAGGUAAAAGAGAAUAUUUCAGCAGAAGAAUGUUACUAAAAAUGGUGGAAAUAGGAAACCAUUCUGGGCAGCAAUAAGGCAACAGUUGUGGCUUCAGCUAGUGUAAGUUCAUGUAAAGAAGUGAUAGAAAUGACUGAAGGUUGGAUUUGGGAAUGAUUUGGUCCUUGGUAGUUGUUGCCUAAGUGGUGUUCAUGGAAGAUUAAUUUAAAUGGAACCCAUAGUUUGGAUUGGAGUGGGGAAACCUGGAUGUAGAAAGGACCAGUUAGUUAGGAACAUAAGUUUUUCCGUUCUUUGUUUAUGAAUGAAGGCAAUAAAUUAGGGAGAUAGUGAUUUCCAUUGUUAAAUGAUUCAGCACAGGAUUCCUUUGGUUAGCAAAUUCCUCGAGUUAUAAAAGCGUUAUUCACUUGCCUGGCUUCUCCUCCCUCAAAUUAAUAUUUCUUUACUCAUUUUGAGGAAGGAAAGAAAAAAAAAAUCUAAUUUCCCAGAAAAGGUGUUAUGCAUAGCCACAAUUUUAAAGAUAUGAAGUAUAUGUGGUUAUAAUCUUAAGGUAGGAUUUUUGGCAAUUUUAAAAGUUUUCAUAGGGUUUACCCAUGUUUAUAAUCCACAGCAGAUGUGUCCCAAAUGUAUUUAGUAAAAAAAGAAAUUCAAGUGAAUGUCAACUAGUAUUUUAGUAUUGAUCCUUUCCAUUAGUGACUGUAAACACUUUCGCCUUGCUUUUAUUCCCAUUGCCAGUCUCAUUCAGGCACUAGACAGAGAAAGAAUUACUUCUUCCUGUUCCCUGGGCUCUGCCAAAGGGAACAUGGUAUGGAUCUUAAGUUAUUAAAAAAAUGAAAAACAUUAAUGUCACCACUGAUACUUAAUGUGAAUAUUUUGAUUAUUUUCUUGACAUUUAAAAUGCCACAAAACUUCUUUAUAUAUUGGUGCUUUUCUUCACUCUGCUUGUCAUUUUUCAAGUGUGAGGAUAUAUGCACAUACAUGUGUAUAUACAUAUAAAGGAAUAUAAUUGUUCUUUGGUAACAAAGUCUCAAGUAUUGGAGAAUGUGAUUUAUUUAAUAAGUUUAUGAAUAGCACUGACCCUGUCCUCAGGUACCGAAUAUUACUCUUCUACUAUUUUUGGUCCUUUGCUUCAGCGAUUUUUUUUUCCAACUUAUUUUUAAUUUUUUCUUUAUCUUGCAAUAUUUAUAUCUAUCUUUGUAAGCUGCUUUAAAUAUUUUUAGGGAAUGGCUUGGGAUAGAAAUUAAAUGGGAAAAGUAUGACAAGGUACGAUAUGAUGUAUAAUGAGGGGUACUAAUAAAGCAGUCUGGAAGUCAGAAGGUAAAGAUCACAUGCUUUUGAGGAGGUGGCAUUUGAAAGAAGUUUGAUCAUUAUGGGGAUUAGUAAGCCAUUUCAGUAGAGAAAACGUAAACCCAAAAGAUUCAAAGAACAGUGAGUGUUUAUAGAAAAGAAUGUAGGACAUAGAGUAUAAUUGAAGUUGGCAGGAGGUAGUGUCUGUGUACAGGAAUACAGGAGAUAAACCUAAAUUUGAAAAGCCUUAAAUGCAGGAUUGAGAAGUCUGGACUUUAUUGAACGUGGAAUAGAGGGCCCUUUUUAGUUUUUCAGCAGUGUGGUGACCUGAUUAGUGCUGUGUUUUAGGAAAGUGUUGGUUUACUUGGGAUCUCUAGUUGCUUCCUUUCUUAAUGCGGUAUGAGACACUCAGUAAUUCCUUUUUCUCUGUAGUAGAAAUGGAGACACAUUUACUCUUUGUGGUUGUAAUCUGAGAUAAUGGCUUAAAUCAGCGACCUUGGCCUCAUUAGCAAUAGUGAGAAAGUAAGGACUCAGUCCGCACAUGGUAGCACUCCACUUAACAAAGAGAUAGAACUCUGGUGACCUAAUCGUUGCAUAGCGUUUCUGGUCCUUUCUUGGGACUAUUUUUAUUAAUCUUUUUGUGUUUGCUAGUUUUUAGCUUCUUAAGCAAAUGAGGGAAGGGAGGAAAAAGGAGAUUCUGAGACAUACACCGUAACGUUGGAAAGUGGCACUUUAUAGCCUGACAUUGAGAUGUAGGAGUUAGAAAUUUUAAGAAAAUCCCAAGAAAGUGUAAUAUGGUAUUGUUUAUCAAGUGAAAGUUAGAUUAUGUUUGGUAUAUUAUUUUAAGGAAGCAUGGACAUAAAGAAUAAAUUCUAAAUAGUGUUAAUUACUGAGCUAUGGACAAGUAUACAGAGAUCCUAUUUUUGGUCAUAUAUGUAUCAUUUUAACCAUAGACAAAUAAUUUUACUGCACCAUUUUUCUUUUUUCCCAUUUUAAACUAUGACAAGUACUUGACAUUUUCAUAGUUUUCAGGACUGGUAAGGGUAUUCUGUAAGAUUUAUGUAACAUGAUAUAAAUAAAAGCUAGACUUCUACAGAUAGGAAUUACAGGGAACAUUUUUUUAAUAGUAAAAAGUCCCUAAUAGAGGCUAAAAUUUAAGUAUGUACCAGUAAUGAUAGUAAUAAUGAGAUUGCUGAUGAAUAAAUGAGACAUCAGGUAUCCACUCUGCAAAAGGUAUUUUGCAGGUAAUUACUGAUACUUUGGUAUAAGAAAGAUAUUUUGGUUUAAUAAAUGUACCCCUCCCCCCAAUUUUUCUUUGGAAUAUUGUUAUUAAUUACCUUUCUCAAUACAGUAAAUGAAAUAAUUGUAUCAAGGGAAGCUGACUUCUCUCAUUUCAGAUUUUUUGAAUCCCUUUGUUAGAAACGGACAACCCAACCAACGUACUUUCUUUUCUUUCGUCAGGAAGUUUUUGUUUAUGCUUAAUAUUAAAUUAAUUUUGUUUCUCGGUUGGGUCCUUUAGACAAUUUUGUUGUGGUGUUUUUGACAAUGACAGGUAUAUCCUUUCUGUUGAGGAAAUACUCCUUUGUUUUGAGAAUUGAUCUUAAAAGAUGAUAUUCGUUGAAACAUAAAUUAGUGAAUUUAUUUGGGACAAAAUGCAGCUUUAUAAAUUUCCUUUGUUUGCUUGCAUUUUGUUUCUUAUAGCAUGUUCCUUUGGACACAGGCAUUGAGGUAUGUGGAUUUAGAAACUGUUACAAUGCUGUCCGCUGAUCAGGUGCUGUUAAACCAUCAAAUACCUGGGUCUUACUCCUCUUCCUUCUCUUUUGAAGGCUUUAUCACUGUAAUGGAUCUAAACUUCUCUUUUAGAGUCAGUCAUUGUCCCAUGUCUUAUAUUUGAUUGAUGCUCCAUGUUAUUGUAGAAUCUUGGAAUGAGGUGUAUGGUUGAGUGUUCCUAAACUACUCUUCAUCUUCAUUUUGUUGUUCUCAUUGGGGAAGCCACUAAACAUUAUUCAUCAGUAAUUCUCCAAAAUGACAGCAGGAUUUGUAUAUUUACACAACUGGUUAUAUCUUUCUAUUAGGAAUUUUACCUAUUUUGAGACUCCAGGAAGAAAGGGAGGAUCCAGAAUGAGAAUAGGUUUAAGUUCUAAGUAGAUAUCUUACUAGUUUCCUACCUCCAUCCACCAGCCCCGUAAUAAUAAGCCAUGAUCCCACAGUCUAAUCAUCCUAAAAAUUACAUAUAACGCUUAUUGAAGGUAUGUAAUAUUUGAGUUGGCAACCUUUUUAGCUCUUUUUUGAGAAAUUUAUGUAGGAUUUAUAAUAAAUUCAUAAGGGAUCUAAGGAAGAUGGUUUUUAAAUUUACUGUAUUAUUGGAUAAUAUAGGUAAAAUAUUGUAGAGUUAAGUAACUUGGUCACAUAAUUACUAAGUGAUGGUGCUGGUAUUCUGACUUAGGUGAUUUGAUUCCAAAGCUGCAGCCUUGCCCAGGUCCGUGAUAAGUGGCAAGAGCUGACAGGGAGAACUAUAGUAAGCAGCCCUUAGCUUAUGAAUAUGGAGCCAUUUGGUCCUGUAGAGUCAGUAGUUCCCUAGAGUACCACUGUUUUAUAGAGUUCUGCAGUAAUUUAUGUUCAUAAUGAUGAUUCCUUAAUCUUAAUUGUAGUUAUGAUUUUCUUUUAGUAUAUUUUUGAAAGCAUUUUCUACCCAAAAUGGUUAAAUUUUCUAAAUUUAUGGCUGAAGAGUAUAUUUUAAAUUUGGAAAAUUUGUUUUAGUGAAAUCUAAUCUCUGAAGAAUAAAUUAAUAUGGAGACAUUCAUUUUUAUGAUGUGACCAUUUCAAUAAAUCAGAUUGAUGGUCCCCCAUUAGUCUCUGUUAGCGAGAUUUACUAUUAAGGUGUUGAUUGACACCUUAGGGUAUUUUUCUUUAAGCUUACUAUGAUUGAGUUAAAUUAAAAUGCUUUUCUAAUAUAGAAAAAAAAUAAAAACCUCACUUUAAUAACAUUUAAAACAUUAAUAGCACAUUUUAUGACUCAUACCUUUAGGAUUGAAAAGUUACAGCUUAUAUUAGCAUUGCUUUUUUUUUUUUUAUUAUUGGAGCAAGAAAAUGCUAAUAUGUAUAAAAAAAUAUGUAUAAACACUUCAGUUAUUAUUAUUGGAGCAAGAAAAUGCUAAUAGGUAUAAACACUUCAAUAUUCAGUUGAAAAUAAGACUUGAUGUCUUUUUCUUCAUUAUCCUGCAAGGAUGAAUUUAUAUUAUAAUCUAAGACAGUUGUAUUAGGUGUUCUUUUAAUUCAGAGUUUUUAUAGUAGUGCUGCUUUUCUUCGUUUUCAUUAUAUUGUUCCUGAUUGAUUUAUAAACAACUGAAAGAAGCAAUUAGAAUUCUUUCUGAAUUGUAGUUAACAGUGGUAAAGAAUGAUCUUAAAAGAUUUAGUUAUUAUUUAAUAGUAAUGGAGGAUAAAACUUUGUGUGUUCCAUAGCUUUCCACUAAUAAGAAAUGAUCAAAAACUACUAAAAAAACAAUAAUUCUCAUAUCUUGUACAAAUUGAUUGCAUUUCUAGACAUUUUACUUAUUUGUUAAGCUUUUGACAGCCUAAAAUUGCCAUUUUUGCCAAUCCAUGUAGGCAACUAUAGGGAAGAGAGAAUUUUUUAAAACGUGGUGUUAUUUUUUGUGAAAUGAACUAAAGACCCACUUUGGAUUUUUUUAUUUAGAGAUUUAGUCAGCUUUGCAGUUUUACUUAGCUUCUUAGUCCAUGAGGAUCUGCCAUUGACUUAUUUAGUUAACUUACUAAGAAAUUGAUUUCAAUAUGAAAAAACUAAAGCUUUUAACAAGUGGACACAUUGGCCUAGCAGAAACCAAGUUGUGAAUAUGAAGGUGACCUAAAUGUGGUUCAAAAUGCUAUUAGACCCAUUGGUCUGAGUUAGAGGCUCAACACCUGAGGAAGGGCCAAGAAACACAAAUAGAAUUAGAAGACCAUUAAAGUACGUGGAAGAGAAGAGGAUCUGGCAGUAAUACUUUAUUAAACAAUUGGCUCUGCCUGCAUUCAGGGCGACUAUGCCCUCAUUGUCUGCAUUGUAAAUCUAACUAUAUACAGCAUCUUGGGAAAAUUAUCCAAGCUAGCUUAAGCAGCUUAUGUUACCCUAGGAAGCUUUUAACAGUACUUCUGUUUUUUUCCUGGUAUUGUGAUGAUUUAUUUAUUUAAGAAAUGUUUGUUGAGUGCUUGUUCUGUACCUGACACUGAGCAAAGGUACUAGGGGCUGCAUAGGAAAAAAAAAACAAAAACAAAAAACAUGGUUUUAUGUUCAAGAAUUUUGUCUAGUACCCUGAAGAGGCAUCAAAAGAUCUUCACAGAUGUUCUGAAUUAUCGAAAUCUAGUUAUAUUAUGGAAACCCUGGUGGUGUAGUGGUUAAGUGCUAUAGCUGCUAACCAAGAGGUCAGCAGUUCGAAUCUGCCAGGUGCUCCUUGGAAACUCUGUGGGGCAGUUCUGCUUUGUUCUGUAGGGUCGCUAUGAGUUGGAAUUGACUUGAUGGCAGUGGGUUUGGUUUGGUUUUGGUUUAGUUAUACUUAAUUGUUAUUCUGUAUAUGGUAUAUGCAUGACUGCUUUUUUUUAAGAUUCAAAUCAGGUGAUUUAUCUCGGCCUGAUGGUAGAGUUUAACAAGCCUUGGCAUCAGACCUGGUGUCUAAUCUUGUUUCUGGUAUCUAGUCUUGUUUUAUGACCUUUGUAAAUGAGCUAACCUCUCUUAAGCCCUAUUUUUCUUAUUUGGUAAGUGGGGGUAAUAGCUUACCCCUGCACUGUUAUUGAGAACCUUAAAGGAGGCAAGGUGUGUAAAACACCUAGCUCAGUUCUUUGUAUGUCUAUAAAUGGUAGCCACUCCUGUUGUUACUGUGCCACAUAAUUGUGAUUCCUUGUUUCCGCACUGGAAAUUAAAAGCUUGUCUACAUAUUCAGAGGCUUUCUACAUACAUACUAUAUAGCCUUCUAAAUCAGUGAUUUUUGGUACAGACGUUCCCGGUUGAGGUUCCACAGAGAAUUAAUCCCUAAAGAUGGUAUAUAGCUAGUGCCACUAUGCUAGAUGCAUAUGAGAAAAGUGAGUUCAUUCCAUAUGCUGGAGGCAUCAGGGAUUGAUUCUUUUGCCGAACUCAGACUGCUAGGACUAUUCUGUUACCUAUUUGAGAAGUGCUUCAAAAUUCUUAAAUUCACAGAAACGAAAGUUGUUACAAAAUGCCCCUUACCGUUUUUCAUAAUGAGGGCAACUUAGAAAGAAUGUGGUGUCAUGUAGCAGUUUGUUAAUACUCUAAAAUAGAACCAUUACCCUAGUCAAAUGAUUUCAAACUUUUUUAUUCUAAAGAUUGUUUUAGAGGGGCACUGUCCUCUGAAGACCAUCUGUUCCAUUCUCAGUCCCAUAUGGGACUGAAAACUAUCUCCUCAGAAUGAAUGGAAUUAAUCAGUUUAUUUUUAAUAAGGUAAUGAAUCAUUCCCUGGGUUGUAAGUAUCAAAGAUUUGUUGACUUAGAUUUUGAAAUCUAGUAUAAAAUCUCAAAAAUAAUGUUCAUGGAAUACUAAUUUACUAGGUAAAAAUAUAGUUCUAGAGCCCAGGAAGUUUGGAGAGUGCAUUUUUUUACAUACAUGUUGAAGGUUGACAUUGCAUUUUAGUUUAUUAAAGACUUCUGAGAAUAUCUGCAGAAGAGGGACCAUCUUCUUUUAUUGGAUCUACCUCUUUUGAUCAUAUAACACCUAUCAAUGUCCUGUAGAACUGGUGUUCCUUGGAACAGACUUAGGGAAAUAUUAAUUGGCUUCUUUUUUUUUUUUUUAAUAUGAGAAAUUUCCUGGACCAUGUAAUUAAGUGAUGGCAGGCCUCAACUGGAACCCAUCCCUAGAUUUAUUGUUCCACUGUAACAGUUCCCUUUCUGUUUGACUACCCUAUUUUAAGUAUACAAUUCAUAUUAGAAAUGAAAGUAUAAUUGUCAUGUGAGAGUACAUACCAAGUGCUCCAUCUGGCAGACCUUUAAGAACAUGUUUUGAGAAGUUUAGCAUUGAUGCAUGGUAUUGCAGCCUUGCUUAACUGGCUCUGCCUUUGUAAAUGGUUUGCAGACCUGAGGAUAGCCUUUAUUUAUAUGUGGUAGUGUAUUCCUGGGGGAAUCUAUAUAAAUAGGAUGGAAAUGCUUAGUUAACUUUGUAAACAUUCAAAGAUAAGGAAGCUAAUCUGAAUUUGUUCUAUGCUCCAGUUACCGUCAAUAUAGAACAUUUUACUAACUUUUUACUUUCUGUGCUGCUUAUGUUGGGGAGUUAAAUCUUCAUGGUGUUAACUAAGUAAAGAAGCCAAUUGAAUAUUGUCUCCUAUUUGUCUAUUUUCUAUGUUGCAUUCAUUUGAGAAAUGGAAUAAGAAAGUAGUACAAAAAAGGAAUGUUAAAAUUCUGAGGAGAAAAAUAGACUUUUUUUUUUGGACUAAACAGUUUAUCAAAGGAGUGAAAAAGAUGGUUAUUGGAAAUGUUUCUGAAGAUAGAAAAAUCAGUUGCCAUCAAGCCAGUUCUGACUCAUGACGACCCCAUGUGUGUCAGAGUAUAACUUUGUCCUGUAGAGUUUUCAUUGGUUGAUGUUUUUGGGAAGUAGAUCACUGGGACUUUCUUUUGAAGUACAUUUGGGUGGGCUUGAAACUCCAACCUUUCGGUUAGCAGCUGAGUGCAUUAAUCAUUUGCACAACCCAGGGGCUCCAUUGGUAGAUUAGGGAAGGCAUUUUUGGUUCUUUUGGAAAUGCCUUUGAAGAUCAAACAAAAACCCAGUGCCCUCGAGUCGAUUCUGACUCAUAGUAGACCACGAUAAAACUGCAGAAAGUCAGAGUCUUUGAAGUACUAGCUGCAUUUAAGUUUCAGAGAUUCGAUGUUCAAGUUUUGAAGAAAGACUGGAGAGAGUUUUUUUUUUUCCUACUUAGAAAAACCAUAAUCUGGUAUUACUUCUGAAUAACAUUUAAAGGAGUAACUUACCAAAAUGUGUGAAAACCAAACCUGUUGCCAUCAAGUCGAUUUCUACUCAUAGCAACCCUGUAGGACAGAGUAGAAAGCCCCAUAGAAUUUCCGAAGAGUGGCUAGUGGAUUUCAACUGCUGACUUCUUGGUUAGCGGCCGAGCUCUCGAAGGAAAACACGUUAACUUCAUUUCCUCACGGAGGCAUAUCCAGAUACGUAUCUUGCUAAAUAAAGAGCUUAAUUUUAGUAGUAGCACUUUCAAGGACUUAACCUAAGAUCUGUUGUGACUUUUACAAAGUUUUACUUUGGUAAUGAAUACAGUGUUAACUAAAUAUUGUGCAUAUCUUAUCUCUUACUAUCAAUUGUUGAUUUGAUGGUGGUGGCAUUUCCCCUUUUUCUUUUUGGCAAUAUUUUUCUUUUCAGACACGGAUUAUGACUUUAUCAAAAUUUUAUUCCCAAAAUGUUUGGUGAGUAGGAAAAAACUGAAAGCUGCAACUGAUCAGUAAGGUACAAGGAUUAAAUUUUUUCCCAGUAUUUAAAGUUAGAGUGGCAUAUCAGGUUGGGCAUUUUUCGUUUUUCUGAUUAGUAAUCUCAUUUCUUUGUAGAAAUCAGCUACUUGAUGGUUAAUUGACCAACACAAACCUGAAGGCAAACACUAUGAAUAUUUUUACCGUUAAAUAUUUCAGUGUCAAAGCACUUUUAGCAGGCAGCCUGUGGCCUCAGUGACUCUUAACCCACUUAGAAUUGUUUUGCAUUUGUGUAUAAUUAAAAUGAUUAAACUUGAUUUUUUUGAAAAAUAUCCUUUGAUUUUUUUAAAACCAGGUUUCUAUGAAAAAUGUUUUAAUGUCGUAGCAGAUUUCUAAAGUCCAUUUGUAUCUAUAAACUUAAAUAACACAUAGAAAUUUAAUGUAAGCAGUAUAUUUGAGAAACUGUGUAGGUCUCACUAGUUCAUCCAGAGGUAAUCAAAUUAUGAGAAAUGCAUUCAGCGGAACCAAACUCAAAGAGAUUGAUAUAGUAACCAGAAUAUAAUUUUAUUAGUUUAUAAGAUAAUUUACAUUUGUUAUUUUCUGUAGAUAAUUCUUGAGGGAAGAGUUCUCUUAAGUGGCGAAACUUAUAAAUUGGAGAGCUUUUUUGAUAAGCAUGAAAAUUGAGUAAAAUUUGCUCAGAAGAAUAGCUGGAUGAAUUGGCUUUCUUAGUUUCCGAUGGUUUAUUGACAUGGGGGGGCCCACUCUUUAAGACAGGUGGAGGCUACUGACAUCAUGACUUUCUUUGUCACUGCAGGCUAAAGUGCCCAACAAGUUGUAAUUACAACCUGUACUGUCUUUUUAAAAAUCUAUCCCAUUUUAUUGAUACAGAAUUGGAAAGCAUACUGUUCACACCCAAACUGUUGAAUGCUGCUGCAGAUCUUAAAUUUAUAUUGAUUUUUAUUAGAUUCAAAUGGAGAUGGGGAAUGACCUUUUUGGGUCUUCUUUUGAUCUUUAUGGAAGAAUUCUAAUAGAACAUUAAAAUUUAGGAUGAACAACAUAUAAUUAUAUGUAUUAUAAAAUUCUGUAACAAACUAAAGAGUGUUUUUUUGGGUAGCAGAAUUGAGUUCUGAAUCAGAAUGAAAUCCUAUUUGUUAUUGCCAUAUUAUUAGUUAAUCAUGUUUAUAACAGCAGUGAUAACUUAAGUUGUAUUUGUAGUGUUUAACAUACAUUAAGAUAAUAAAGCUCAUUAAACUUCAUGAAAUUUUCAUACAUUUAAAAGACUAUCUUGUAUAUUUCUCAGAUAAAUCAAUAGAAAGUGAAUAGAUGAGUUAAAAGACAAAGUCAGCAUCUAAACUAGAAAUUCUGGUUAGGAAAAAAACCCUUUUUUUAUAUCUUGCUUUUUGAAAAUAUUUACAAGGUGAGGGGGAUUUCUGAUGAUCAUUUCAACAUAUUUUUAAGUAGAAACAUCUGUUUCUAGAUUACUUGGGUUGCUAAUUUUGACUUGUUAAAUUUGUUACACUUUGCUUCCAAGUUUUACUGCCUUGCAAAACUUUCACAGUUUAGAAAUAGCAGUUCAAAUAGCCAUCAACUCAUCUGUGUUUAAGAGAAAUUGAGAGGGUUUCAGAAUUCUACUUGACACAGAUUGUGCUCAUCCUAGCAUUUUAAUCAUAUGCUAAGUAUGUAAGAAGAACUAUUUGAUUAUUAAUCAAAAUAAUAUGAUUUGGAAAGCUAUAAAUUACUCACUUAAAACUCAGAACCCUGGAGUCAAACUAGUUUUUAAUUCCUUGCUCUAUAACAUAGUAGGUGUGAUCAUGGAUGAGUUACUUUACCAAUUUUACAUUAGUUUUCUUAUCCGUAAAAUUGUGAAAAUGAUAAUAAUAUUGCAUAUAUUUUAAGGCUAUUGUGAGAAUUCAGUGAGGUAAUAUAUAUAUAAAAUGCAUAAUACAUUAAUGCCAUGUUAAGCACCCAAUAAGUGUUAAAAAAAGAAAAGGGAAACUUUAACAAAUAUUUACUUGUAACUAACUUUUUAGGUUACUUUGUAGUCUAACUAGGAGUUUUAUCUCUUCUUAAUAAAAAAAAAAAAAAAAGUAGAGAUAUUUAUGGCACUAAAUUUUCCUAUGGAAAUUUUUAAAGAGAAUAAUGAGCAGAAAGUUUUUUUUUUUUAAUGCAGGAUUAAAAAUUCAUACCAUGAUAAUUUUAAUUUGAAAGACUUUUUGUGUGUGUUUUUAUUGACCUAGCCUAUCAUAUGCUUGCUGUUGUAUAGAGUUAAUUUCCACAUUAUUUGUUUAACAUAAGCAUAAUUCUGUUUUCCUGUUUGUAGGAGAGAAAAUUUCCUCUUCUGCUCUCUCGUAUAGUUUCUCAAAGUUAUUUUGUAUAGAGAACUGUUUACCGAAGAAAGAAAAAAAAAAUCUAUCACCAUCUGAUUACUUUUCUGAUAUUACCACAGAACGUGACGUAAUGCUGUCACUUCCAUCAGGGUUAGUUUUUAAGGAAAAUUUGCACUAAGCUUUUCAUCUGAAUAAAAUAAAUGUGGAUUUAUGUAUCGAAGCCUCUCAGUGGAUAUGCCAUAGAUAUGUCAAAUGUGAUGCCAUAUUCAGAACCUUUUAUUUUUAACUUUUAAUUUUGAAAUAAUUUUAGACAUAACAAAAAGUUACAAUACAGCAUUCCUAUGUACCCUUCACCCAGCUUUCCCUCAUGUUCAUAUUGUAUAAAACCAUAGUAUAAAUAUUGAAACCAGGAAAUUAAUAUCAAUACAGUGGUAUUGACUAGUCUAUAAACUUCAUUCGUAUUUUGACCACUGUCCACCAUGGCCUUUUUCUGGUCCAGGAUCCAAUCUGGGAUCCUAUAUUGCGCUUACUUGUGUCUUCUUACUGUCCUUUAGUCUGGGCUGGUUUUUCAUUCUUUAUUUGCCUUUCUCGACCUUGAUAAUUUUGAGGAGUGCUAGCUAGCUAUUUUGUAGAAUAGCUUUCAAUUUGUGGUUUUCUGAUGAUCAGAUUGAGAUGAUGCAUUUUUGGCAAGGAUACCAGAAGUGAUGUUGUGUCCUUCUCAAUGCGUUAUAUCAGAUGGCACUGAUUUUUACUGUUACUGGUGGUGAUGUUAAUCGUGAUCAUUUGGUCUGCCAACUUCCUGCACUGUGAAAUGAUUAUUUUUCCUUCUGUAAUUAACAACUGUUCUCUGGGGAGAUACUUUGAGACUAUGUAAAUAUCCCGUCUCUCAUCAUGCUUCUGCCCGUUAAUUUUAGCAUUUAUUGAUGAUUCUUACCUGAUGAAAACUUUUUAAUUCUUUAACAUUUUUGUUGUUGUUGACUGAUAAUACAGCUUUUGUUGUCACAGGUGGAUAGGAAUUCUGAAGAAAUUAAUGUAAAGGCAGCAUAAUUAAUUAAAAAAAAAAAAUCAUCACCAUCGAGUCGAUUACGACUCAUAACAACCGUAUAGAACAGAAUAGAACUGUUCCAGAGGGUUUCCAAGGAGCGCCUGGUGGAUUCGAACUGCCAGCCUUUUGGUUAGCAGCCGUAGCUCUUAACCACUACACCACCAGGCCUUCCUAAUUAAUAAAACUUAAAUGCAUUUCUUUCUGUAGUCUUGUUGUUUGUCUUUUUUUUUUUAGUAUACUUGUUAUGAACACAGCACACUGCAAGAUCGUAAUGGCAUUUAAAUCUAGUGGAGUAACUUGAACCCCAAUAACAGUUUUGGAUGUUAUCUCUUCCAAAAGGAUGGGGAGGAAUUUUUUGGAAUUAGGUUAGAUGUUCAGUUCUUAAAGCUUAGAUUUUUCAUUCUCAUUACAACUUUAUCUUCUUUUAGGGAAUUGCUUACCUAAAGGAAAUGGUUAUAAGUGCAUAUACUUAUAAUGCUGUCUGUUCCCUUGAGUUCCAGGCCUUCUUUCCUAUUCUGGUGUUUUUAAUUUGUAUACUGUUUGACAAUACAUGAGAUUUGUGGUGUAGAAAUCUUAUCCUCCUCCAGAGUCAAUACAAUACCUUGGCUUACUAAUUCUAAGGAAGGUGUUGAAGCUAUUAUUUUAUUGUAUGUCCUUGUGUGUGUGUGUGUGUGUGUGUAUAUAUAUAUACUUUUCAAGGCAAAAUUUCUAAACUUUUUGAAAUUGGAUGUCCUGGAAAUACCUGGUUUUCUUACUUCUUUUAAAUCUCUUAAAAUAACAUUAGAAAAUCUAUAACUGAUGCCACAAUUUGCAUCAUUUCCAGAUAAUGCCUCUGAAAUUUCUGCUGACCGUACUCAAAAAUUAACCCCAGAAGCUGAUGGUACCCAUAAAAGAUCCAUGAAAGCAAUUCUUUGGAUAAAAUGAUUUCCUCUAGGAUUUGAAAGUUGGACAUUUCAGUGUCUGCUUAGCAUUUCAGCCACUCGACAGACUUCAUACUUUUUUGUUUCUUGAUCAGUAGACUUCAUUUACUUGUUAAACAUUUACUGAAUAUCUACUCACUGUGCCAAGCCCGUUUCUAGGGCCUGGAGAUACAAAGACUCACUGCAUCUGUGAAGGAUGUUCUUUCAUUUCCCUCCGAAUGCCACCUUGGACUGUUUUGGAAAGAAAGAGAGAUUUUGUGAUGAAUUAUUUUUCUAUAUGUAAGUGCCUUACAGCCAAUAAGAGUGAAUAAUAAAUGAUAAAUAAGAAAAACAUGUUGCAUUAUGCUCCCAGCUUAGGUAGACCAUCGUGUUUUUUGAGUAAUAACAAAUACAUUGACUAGCAAGUUCAACUCAACUUCAGUCAUCCAUAGAUACAAGUGAAAAAAAUCAUGAAGUUUUUGUAGAAAUGUGUUACCUAUUUCACUGCCUAAAAAUGGGCAGGUGUAGUGUAGCUCCCCCCUUUUUUUGGUAUUAGAAAUGCUUAAAACUCAUAAGCAGUAUAUGCUUAUUUAAUGAUUUAGUAUUGACAAAUAUUGUAAAUUGUCUGAUCAAAUUAGGCAUCUCAAGAAUUUCUCAUAGUGGUAUUUAUAUAGGUGUAGGUGGAAUACUUAGAUUUUAUUUCUAAUUUAAAUAUUAACUGAAUUUUCACUAAGAAUCUUUAAAAAUUUAGGUGCUUAUAGAAAAUGUUAAAAUGAUUUUAUUGAUCUACUGGUAGAUUAAUAGACCUUAUAAUACCCGUUUGCGCGCCUUUGUGACAUCUCAGUGUUGCUGUACUGUUAAGCUUUGGCUUCGAAUUUCUUCUCAGUGGUUGAAAUGCAAGGACUGUAGUGCCCCCCAUCCCGCACCCGCCCUUUGAAGCAUCCCCUGGAAGAAUGCUGUCUAUUAAAACAAAACUAGAUAAGGUUCCACUAUAUCAUUCCUGUGAGCCUCUGUCAGUAGAGAGCUGACAGAGGCUGCUGUUUCUUUUGUAAUAACGACCUCAUUUUGAAAAUGCCUUUACAUUUCUAUGUGUAAAUGGUACAUUAUCAAAUUUGUGGAGCUUUCCUAAAUUACUAACUCCUGAAGCAAUAGAGACACCAGGUCUUAGAGACACCAGGUCUUCUCAGCGAUUUAAAAAUAAUUUCUGUUACGGGAAAUCCGUUUAUUCAUUUUGGAGUAUGAGUGUGUCGGAUCCAGAAGUUUUGGUACUUAAGGCAAAAUAAAGAAGUAUAUUCUCAAAGUGGUCUGACUGGGGAGAAGUUUGAAAAUGAUCCACUUCUCCAGCCAUCUCUUGUGUUUAACUUGCUCUCUAGUCUAACCUAAGAACAGUUUUUUAAACCUGUUCAGUUUUUAACCUAUAUAUUCUAUGGGGCAUGGUAAACAAAGGAUUGGAGCUCUUUCACGUCAUAGUCCUCCUGAGGGAGCAGUUGUAAACUAAACCCAAUAUUAAUUUGAGAAAGCUAUGGUUUCUUAGGACUUGUUUUUUGUUUUCAAAAUAAAGUGAGCCUGUAAACUUAAACAAAAAAAUUACCAGAUGUGUUUCCUAUUUCAGAAAAAAGGACCUUUCCCUUUCUGGCUGCGUUUUUACUCAGCUAUGUUGUUACUACUAUAGGGUCCCUAUGAGUCGGAACCUACUCGACGGCACCUAACAACAACAACAACAUACUGUUACUACUAGUUAGUAUUCAAGAAAUAAAGGAAUACUGGAAAAUUUUUGGAAAAAUUGUAUCUUGUUUAUAGUUUCUGAAUAUGUUAUAACUAUCUUAGAGUUUAAUUUAUAUUUCAUUAAUUUGGAAGUUUUAGAUAAUUCUUUGGUUUAUGUUGAAAUACUACUAAAAAAGAGAAGGGAUUAUUUGUCAAAGAAGUUGAGGAGAAAAGAGUAGAGGAUAUUUCUGUAGCACCUAUCUACAGAGUAUGGGUGCAAUGAAAUCAUAAAUAUACAGCCCUGAUAUACUUAUUUUAAGCCUUUUUUUAAUCAAAGAGUUACCUCUUAAGAAACCCGGAGAUGGAGUGCUGUGUUAAUCUGUUUGAGUUUUUUGGAUUCUUGAAAGUACCUGAUUAGAUCGCAUUCCUUAAGAUAGUCGGUAGCCAGAUCUUUUUCCUGAUUGUGUUCUUUUCUCCAAACAUCCCUCAUAUACCUCCUUAGUUCGAUUAUAUUGUGAAAUACUUUUUUAACCUAAGUAUACUCUCUUCAGAACAACUUUGAAACUUAAAAUCUGUUGGAAACUAAACAUGAAUAGCUGCAACUUAGGGUCAGAAAGUACUUUUUGUAAAGUAGUUAUGUAUUUGAUACCUCUUGCUAGAUGGCAGUUUUCUUCUCUUAUUCUGUCAGAUUCCUUUUUUUAAUUUUUGGAAAUUGCAGAUUUGAUGGUUAAAUUCAUAGGUUUUCUUUCCUUAGGCCAAACUGUUUUCAUUUCUCAUUUGUACAGAAUUCAGUAUGUUCUAAGCAGAAGGUUUAGCUUGUUCUUUUCAUCUUUAGGCUUUUAAAAAACUUA